GCAUAUGAAUAUGUGAGGUCAAUCAUACCACUGCCAAAUCCAUCUUUGAUUAGAAAAUGGUCAAGCUCAGUUGACUGCGAGCCAGGUUUCCUGCAGGAGGCAUUCCAAUCGUUGCAAAGUGAGGCAGAUAAAACACCAUCGAAGAAAGACUGUGGUCUCAUUAUUGAUGCCAUGUCAAUAAGGAAACAAACAUUGUGGGACCCAAAGAAAGAACAGUACUCGGGUUUUGUUAAUUAUGGCCCAGUACCACCUGAAGAUCCUGAAACCCUUGCAUCUGAAGCAUUAGUUUUCAUAUUGGUUGGAACACGGAACCGGUGGAAGUGUCCGAUUGGUUAUUUUCUGGCUGAUAAAAUGAAUGCUAAAACCCAAGCACAGCUGGUUAGGAUGGCCUUGGAAAAGGCAGCUGACGCAGGAUUAAGGGUUUGGUCAAUAACUGCCCAUGGUACAUCUGUCAAUGUCAGCACGUUUACUCAAUUGGGUUGCAUAUUUGGUACAACAUACGACUCCAUGGUAACCAUGUUUAAGCAUCCAUCACGGAAUUACAAUGUCUAUGUAAUAUUGGAUCCAUGUCAUAUGUUGAAACUCGCACGGAAUGCACUGGCCAGCUUAGGUUCAUUUUAUGACAGUGACGGUGGUGAAAUUCAAUGGAAGUUCUUUCAUCUUCCGCAUAACCUUCAAGAAGAUGAAGGAUUGAAUUUAGGAAACAAAUUCUCAGCACAGCACCUACAAUUUCAAAAACAUAAAAUGAAUGUAAGAUUAGCUGCACAGACCCUAAGCUCAUCAGUGGCAAAUGCAAUCGAAUUUCUGGACGUUUCGAUGAAGCGACCGCAAUUUAAGAACAGCGGGCCUACUAUAAAAUUUAUAAGAAAUAUUGACAGAGCAUUUGACAUUCUUAAUUCUAGAUGUCCUCGGGCUAAGGGACAUAAGCAGCCUCUGAGACCCAAAUCAAAAGAUACAUGGGAAGAUUAUCUAAAAUCAACAGCAGAAUAUCUACUAUCACUGGUUGGGAAACAAGGAAAGAAUAAAGAACAAGAGCUUCUUUCUACUCACAGAAGAAAAACAUUUAUUGUUGGUUUUGUAGCUACCAUAAAAUCCACCAUCAACAUGGCAAAUGAAAUGUUUUCACUGAAAGAAAAUCCUUUUGCAUAUCUGUUAACGUACAAGUUCUCGCAAGAUCACAUGGAAUUGUUGUUCUCGUGUAUACGCUCUAAGGGUGGUUGGAACAAUAAUCCAAACAGUAUGCAGUUAAAAUACGCUCUUAGAAAAAUGCUUUUCACGAAUGCAGUGAAAGCCUCGAAAAAUUCCAAUUGUGUAGAUUUUUCAGAAGGUUUUUCUUCGGGAAUAAUUCCAAUUUUACAUAAGAGAAAACACAGAUCCCCGCUUAUCGAAGAAGAAAAGCCAGAAAAUGAUUCCGGGUUUACGCUAACAGAGCAGCUGCUAGUUGAACAGUUAGCUGAAAGAGGACAUUCAGAAUUUAUGGGAAACAUUCUGUUCCACAUCAGUGCAUUCAUAGUCAAAAA